AUGGACAAUGAAUCUGGGACUCCUGCCACUUUUGCUACUCCGCCCGAAGCACAGGCCUCGCAGGCCAGCUCUGUGCCUGCUGAGCCUGUGGCUCCAGCAACAGUGAUCAACAAGCCCAUGGCUCUCGAUGCUGUGACAGACGAAGUAGAGGCUCUCAAGGACCUCACAGAAAAUGUCCGCGACCAAGAUGACCUGGAGCGGGAUAUCACGUACCAAGCAAGCAUCGCUCUCAUCGAGGCGGAAAACAAGAAAGAUGUGAAGCGCAUCGAGAAGGUUGAGAACACCAAGUCAAAGCUGGAGAGCCAACUGAAGGCACAGCAACAGAAACUUAGCGCUCGCCAUGCGAAUCCAACCUCAAGGCUGCGAAUCCAAAAAGAGAUUGCGAGACUCCAGGCCGAGAUCGAGCUAUGCGACAAAGAUAUAGCUGCUUUCAGGGCGCGCAUCGAGCAGCGAACCAAGGAGGGUGUGGGAUCAGAUGGUAAGGCUGUGUCUGUAGGAGGGAGGCUGCCCAAUGAGACGCAGCGUGAGUAUCUGAUUCGCACCGGCAAGAUCACACCGUUUGCGACAUUCGGUGGCCCCAGGCCUGAUGAUGUGGCUGGAGAGCUUGCGGAGGCGAUCAUUGAUGCUGAAGAGGAGGCCAUUGCUGAGGAACUGGAGGAACAGAUGGAGGAGGGGCCACGGUCGCAUCAGAAUCUGAGGCUUCCCGGUUUCGUGCAGGACAAUGAUGAUGAUGAUGAUGAUGUCUUCAGCUCGGCGGUCAAGUCAGAGUUUUCGUUGCGUCCUCGCAAGAAGCGCAAAAUUCGGCAAGUUGAGGAUGAAGGAUCGGAUGAUGAGUUUGUCCCUGAGGAGUCUGCUUCGGAGGCAGCCACUUCAGAAGACUACGAAACGGAUGACUUUGAGCUAGACGAACAGACGCCAAAGCGGAAACGAGGUAAAAUAGUAAAGGCCACUGAGGAAGAGAAGAUCGAUUUGAGUAAAAUUGAUGACGGCAACGAGUCUGUGUACCAGCGGCGGUUAAAGAGUUGGGUCCAGAGGAGAAGCCGUGCUAGACGUCGUCAUCGCGAACGGUUAGGUUAUCCUGCCGGUGAGGGCUCGGAUGACGAGGAAGAGUGGUUUAAACCACUGCCAGACACCCCUGAUUAUCAGUUUGAGGGUGGGUUGAAACUUCCUGGAGAUAUCUAUCCUGCUCUCUUCGACUACCAAAAGACCGUCCAGCUGAUAUCUUUCGUUGCCGCCUUGCACUACAGCAAAAAGUUGACGAAACCUGUUAUCGUCGUCGCUCCUGCUACCGUCUUACGGCAGUGGGUGAAUGAGUUCCAUCGCUGGUGGCCACCGCUUCGAGUCUCAAUCUUGCACUCUUCCGGCAGCGGCAUGUUUAAUGUUCGUGAUGAAGGUGAGAUUGAGGAGCUUGUCGAAGACUGGAAUGAAGAGAAGAAGAAACCUACGCGCUCCAACAAAGCUGCCAAGCAGAUCGUUGACCGUGUGGUCAAGCACGGCCAUGUCCUUGUCACGACAUACGCUGGGCUUCAGACGUACGGUGACAUUUUGAUCCCUGUGGAAUGGGGUUAUGCUGUGCUGGACGAAGGUCACAAGAUCCGUAAUCCAAACGCGGCGAUUACUAUUUACUGCAAAGAACUUCGCACACCUAACCGGAUUAUCCUCUCCGGUACGCCUAUGCAAAACAAUCUCACUGAACUGUGGUCCCUGUUCGAUUUCGUCUAUCCAAUGCGUCUAGGUACGCUGGUGACGUUCAGGGCCCAGUUCGAAAUUCCAAUCAGACUGGGAGGCUACGCAAACGCUACCAACCUUCAGGUCAUGACGGCGCAGAAAUGUGCCGAAACACUCAAAGAAGCUAUCAGUCCUUACCUCCUGCAACGACUGAAAGUGGACGUUGCUGCCGACCUUCCCAAGAAAAGGGAACAGGUCAUCUUUUGCAAACUGUCACCAGAGCAGCGCCAAGCAUAUGAGCUAUUUCUCAAGUCUCCCGAGAUGGCUGCAAUUCUCAACCGCACUCGUCAGUCGUUAUAUGGCAUCGAUAUUUUGCGAAAGAUUUGCAACCAUCCGGAUCUCGUUGAUCCUAAGCUUAAGAACAAGCCCAACUAUAAAUGGGGUAGCGUCGAGAAGUCGGGCAAGAUGGCUGUCGUUCAGUCUCUUCUCCCGAUGUGGAAGCGUCUGGGGCACAAGACGCUGCUGUUUUGCCAGGGCACACAGAUGCUAGACAUUAUUGAGGCGUUUGUCAAGACGCUCGACGGCAUCAAGUACCUGCGCAUGGACGGCAAGACGCCAAUCAAGUUGCGGCAGACACUUGUCGAUCAGUUCAACACUGACCCAGACCUAGAUGUGUUUCUGCUGACGACGAAAGUCGGCGGCUUGGGUGUCAACUUGACUGGUGCCAACCGCGUCAUCAUCUAUGACCCUGACUGGAACCCUUCCACGGAUGUCCAGGCCAGAGAGAGGGCUUGGAGGUUGGGUCAAAAGAGGGAGGUUACGAUCUAUCGCUUGAUGACGGCCGGCACGAUUGAAGAAAAGAUUUACCAUCGCCAGAUUUUCAAGCAAUUCCUUUCCAACAAGGUAUUGAAGGACCCGAAGCAGCAGACUGCAUUCAACUUGAACGACUUGCAUGAUCUCUUCAGUCUCAACUCCUAUGAAGAUGGCGUGACCGAGACAAGCGAGUUGUUCAAGAGCAGCGGUACCAAGACAUUUGCAUCAGGGCCAAAGGAGCUCGUUGUUCCAGGGAAUAAGGAUGCUCCUGUCCUGGUUUUCAGAGACUCAAAGAGCAACCCUAAGAGCAAAGAAGGUGACGACAGUCCCAGCACAGAAGAUAAAGAACUCGACGACCUCCACAACAUCGAUGGCGUCGCCGGUCUUGAAACUUACCAGUCCGCCUCCGAACCCGAAGACAAGCCAGCCGAGAAAGAAGACCGCCUGCUAGAAGGCAUCUUCGCCCGGUCCGGCGUCCACAGCACAGUGGAGCAUGACGAGAUUAUCAACGGUAGCAACAAGAAGCCCCGUGCCGACCCCCGCAUGCUCCGGCAAGAAGCAGAUCGCAUCGCGGCCCAGGCAGCGCAGCACCUUCGCCGCGCGGGAGAACAAGCUCGUACCAUCCCCAUUGGAACAGUUACCUGGACUGGAGAGGUCGGUGAGGCAGGGCGGCCGGUGAAUGUUCGUCGGGCGGCACAACAGCAGGCCAGGGGUGUGCGGUCAGGAGCAACAAGCAGCGCGAGUAGCUCAAGGUCAGGGACGCCUGCUUCCACAGGGCACGGCCUGACGGUGCGGGACUUUGAGAGGAUGAUCCCACCGUUUAUCAAGAGGCAUGGGGGGCAGGUACCGUCGAAGCUGCUGGUAGAUCACUUCAAUCACUACUGCAGUACCACACAACAGGCAAAUGAAUUUAAAAUUGCACUGGGGAAGGUCGCGCAGAUGGAGAAGAAGGGGGGCAGUAUGAGGGUUAUUUGGACGUUAAAGCCAGCGUACCGGUGA